GUCUGUCAGGCUGCAUGAUCAACUGAUGGACACACAGAAGCUCACUUGCUUUCUCUUUCAGUGCUCUAUAUCCUGUCUUUUCCGGACAGGACGUCGGUUAUUUUGUGGACUUUCUUUGUGUUUUCUCCUUUGACUAAUCUGCGAGGUUAAAUAAGAGUCUUAACUUUCUUUCCCCUCGCCCUCUUGGAUCUCCUGUUUUCUCUUGUUGGGAUUUUUUUCCUCUUUUUUUCCAGCCUGAUUGCCAGCUCUCUUGUGUGCAUAUCAAUCCUUUCUUUUCCCCUGCUCUCCUUUUCCUCCCAUCUUCCACCGUUCCCUGUCUCCUUGUGCGUAGUUUUUGGGCUAUGCUCUCCUCACCCACUGUGAUUCUCCAGCCUUAUGGACUCCCUGUCUACCCACAGACAACCACAUGCUACCCCAGCAUAGUUCAGGGAGGCCCCACACAGGAGGGCGGCCCCGGCAGCGGCGACCCCGCCCUGUCUCAGGUCUACGCCCCUCCUCCCUCCUACCCCCCGCCAGGUCAGGGUCCGCCAGCGCCUGCGGGCAGACUCCCACCUCUUGAUUUUAGCUCUGCACAUGCCAGUUCAGAGUACUCCGAACAUCCCCAACUCAGAAUCUAUCAGGGCCCUCAGCUCGAAGGGGCGGAGGCUCUUGCAUCCAGUAACACGGAGGAUGCUUUGGCCCCUGUGACCUCUGACCCCCAAUCUCUGAGCGUGUCGGUGUCAUCAGGGGGCGGAGCAGGAAGUGGAAGUGAUGAGGAGGGGUCAGGUAAGGCCCAACCGAAACGCCUCCACGUCUCCAACAUCCCGUUCCGCUUCAGAGACCCAGACCUCCGCCAGAUGUUUGGGCAAUUUGGCAAGAUCCUUGAUGUGGAAAUUAUCUUCAAUGAGAGGGGGUCCAAGGGCUUCGGGUUUGUCACCUUCGAAAGUGCAGCUGAGGCCGACCGGGCAAGAGAAAAGCUGAAUGGGACGAUCGUGGAAGGGAGAAAGAUCGAGGUUAACAAUGCCACUGCAAGAGUAGUGACCAAGAAGCCCCAGACGCCUCUUGUGAAUGGUGAUAUUUCAACUUCUGGAUGGAAGAUCAACCCUGUCAUGGGGGCGAUGUACGCACCUGAACUCUACACAGUUGCUAGUUUCCCGUACCCUGUAGCAACUCCCACACUGGCCUACCGGGGCUCUGCGCUGCGUGGUCGAGGCAGGGCCGUCUACAACACGAUUCGCUCUGCUGCAACCACACCUGCUGCUGUGCCUGCCUACCCCGGGGUGGUUUAUCAGGAUGGACUGUAUGGAGCAGAAGUUUAUGGUGGCUAUCCUACAGCUUACAGAGUGGCUCAAUCAGCAUCUGCUGCCACAGCAACCUACAGUGAUGGAUACGGACGGGUUUACGCCACAGCUGCAGACCCUUAUCACCACUCAGUUGGACCAACAACAACAUAUGGCGUUGGUACAAUGGCCAGUUUGUACAGAGGAGGAUACAACCGCUUCACCCCAUACUGAGCCGCCCCGGCUGUGGGAGGGGAGCUAGAGACAUCUCUCUUGAACUCUGGGAUUGGCUGAUCUGAUGUGGACGCUGCAGGACAGAUUGUGAGAUCCUUAAACUUUGGAAAUGUGGAAAUGGUUUUACCUCCCGAAUCCAUCACAACAUUUCCUCGAGAGACUAAACAGACUGAAGUUGUAAAUACCGUAGGACCCAUUUACUGCCCAUUCGACUGAUGAAUACUUAGCACCUGGAAGAGGGUGUUGUGUAAUAUAUAAACAGUUGGUGAAUUGUUUUCUGGAUUUAAAGAGUGUUGGUAGAUGGCUCACACUACAGAAGGGAGUUGGGGGGUGAAAAUACUGUGAGAAAGAUUUUAUUUUGUGAGUAAUAUCUGGGAUUUUUCACGGGUCAAACUGUACAAAAAAAGAACAUUUUGUGCAAUGUUAAAUGACUUAUUUUUGAUGGUAAUUAUUUACUAAAAUCUCUGUUUGAGUGUUUGUGUGUGUGAGU